AUGGAGGAACAGUCGCACAGUACUUCAAAAUCCUGGACUGAUCAGCAAUCUACAACUGCAGCUCCUAUCGGAAGUCGUUGCUCGUCUGUUCCGUCAGGACUUUUCUCUAUUGGAUGUUCGAAUAAAUACAUUAAGUGCUCCAAUGGUGCUGCAAUCGUUCGUUCUUGUGGAGGAAAUCUGUUUUUCGACCAGGAGAAACAAUGCGAUUAUAAAGAUCAAGGAUGCGAUUAUAAAGAUCAAGUGAUCGCCAAGAUUGUUGUUACUCAGCCAGCUGAUGAUGAAACAACUUAUUCUCAUGGAGAACCACCAAAUGACAUUCAAACUACAACCAUUUCUUCAGUAGGAGAUCAACGCGCUUUUGUGUCUUCUGGUCUAUACUCUAUUGGUUGCUCGCAGAAGUACAUCAUGUGUUCGAAUGGAGCUGCUAUCACUCGUUUUUGCGAUGGAAUAUUGUAUUUCAAUAAAGCUAAACGAGCUUGCAGUUCAAAAUGA